CGCCCUUCAAAGCAACAUACUCGUGAAAUGUGCGAUUAAAGCAUCUUGAAGUCGCAGCAGCAGCCGUGAAAGUGAAAUAAAACACGUUUAACCGGCUCUAACCUGCAGAACGGACGCGUGUAGCCGCGCGCGCGAGUGAGUUUGACGCCGCUGGCGGGGUUUUCUGCGUUAGUUUGUGGACGCUGACUGGAGUUUCUCACUUCAUCAGAAGCGUGUUAAUGAACUGGAAUGUGCGAGCAGACCGUCAUCAGAUUCCGGUAGAGUCGGUGUUUUUGUGCUGGUUUUACGCAGAGAGCUUCAACAGGUGUCAGACCCACAGGUUUGGUUGUGGCUUGUAUGAAUGGAUCAGGUUGGCAUGGGGAACGCAGAACACCAGGGGGCGCUGACGAAGGGCGAAGCUCUGCCACGCCCCGCCUCCAGCCAAUCAGAGGGUUUUAAACCGGGUCGCUCGGUCUUGAACUCUUUGCUCUCGGGGGCUCUUGCAGGAGCCGUGGCCAAAACAGCCGUCGCCCCGCUGGACCGAACCAAAAUUAUCUUCCAAGUCUCGUCGAAUAGAUUCUCCGCCAAGGAGGCGUACAGGUUAAUCUACCGCACGUAUCUGAAGGACGGCUUCUUCAGUCUGUGGAGGGGAAACUCAGCCACGAUGGUGCGUGUCAUUCCAUACGCUGCCAUCCAGUUCUGCGCUCAUGAACAGUACAAGAGGAUUCUGGGACAGUAUUAUGGCUUCCAGGGCAAAGCUCUUCCUCCGGUGCCGCGGCUGCUAGCUGGAUCUCUGGCGGGAACCACGGCUGCUAUGAUCACGUACCCCCUGGACAUGGUCCGAGCUCGCAUGGCCGUCACCCCCAAAGAGAUGUACAGUAACAUCCUGCACGUGUUCGUCCGAAUCUCUCGUGACGAGGGGCUGAAGACGCUCUACAGGGGGUUCACUCCCACAAUCCUCGGCGUCGUGCCGUACGCUGGACUCAGCUUCUUCACGUACGAGACGCUCAAGAAGCUCCACGCAGAGCACACGGGCCGCUCUCAGCCGUUCUCGUACGAGCGUCUGGCGUUCGGUGCGUGCGCAGGAUUGAUCGGUCAGUCGGCCUCUUACCCGCUGGACGUGGUGCGCAGACGCAUGCAGACGGCGGGGGUCACCGGACACACCUACAGCAGCAUCUCGGGCACCAUGCGUGAGAUCGUGAGGGAGGAGGGCGUGAUCCGCGGUCUCUACAAGGGCCUGAGCAUGAACUGGGUCAAAGGGCCCAUCGCCGUCGGCAUCAGCUUCAUGACCUUCGACCUCAUGCAGAUCCUGCUGCGCAAACUUCAGCAGCUGCGCUACAAUGCACGGUAGCAGUCAGUGGCGCCCUCUACAGGAACAGGAAGUUGUAGGAAAAA